AUGGCGCCCGUCCGGGCUGCUGUUCCGAGGUACACUACCGCCACGCAGCAGCUGUCAGUCUCAUUCGAUAUGUCUUCUUCGAUGCGAGACAGUCGUGCCGAUGGCGCUCUCAGAGUGAAUGAUGUCCCCUCUGAUCACGGCGGCGGUCGUCUUGACAGGGGCCGCAUACCGCCGACGAUGAGCGGCGAAGACAGACGUCAUGGUGACCCGAAACGGAAGUGA